UUUUUUUUUUUAAUAAAAUUCUCGAAAUGUUGACUGAUGAUGAAUAUGAUUACCUUUUUAAACUUGUCUUGAUUGGUGAUUCUGGUGUUGGGAAAUCUAAUUUAUUAUCUAGAUUCACUUCAAAUGAAUUUAAUCUAGAGUCAAAGAGUACAAUUGGUGUCGAAUUUGCUACAAAAAACCUUGAAAUAGAUAAUCAUACAGUAAAAGCACAAAUAUGGGAUACAAGUGGACAAGAAAGAUAUAGAGCUAUUACAGGUGCUUAUUAUCGAGGUGCUGUUGGUGCUCUUUUAGUUUACGAUAUAACACGUCAAUCUUCUUUUGAAAAUGUUGAACAUUGGCUUAAAGAAUUACGUGACCAUGCUGAUCCAAACAUUGUAAUCAUGUUAGUAGGUAAUAAGUUAGAUUUAAAUGAAACAAGUCGUCAAGUCAGUACAGAAGAAGGUGGAGCAUUAGCAGAACAAGAAGGAUUUUUAUUUAUCGAGACAUCAGCUUUGGAUGCCACUAAUGUUGAAAAUGCUUUUGCUACUGUAUUUAAUACAAUUUAUAAUAAUUUACCAAAGAGAAAACGCGAAAAUAAUGAAAAUGAAGCAAUAAAUGGCCCUACACAAGGUGAACGCAUUCAAUUAAGACCCCCUAGCGUUCGAGGUUUAUCUACAGCACGUUCCAAUGAUAAUAAUAAUAAUAGUAAUCAUAAUAGUAAUAAAGGAGGAUGCUGUUAAAAGAAAAAACA